UCAGCAGCAUCCCUCUCCCCCUUUCCCCCUCCAGUUCUGCCCCCCACCACAGCCAAGAUGCUGCUUUUGCUGCUGGGGAUCAUCGUGCUCCACGUCACCGUGCUGGUGCUCCUCUUCGUCUCCACCAUCGUUAGCCAAUGGCUGGUGAAUGGCGGGCACACGGCGGACCUCUGGCAGAACUGCACCUCUGGUAGCGUCUUCCACUGCCUGACGUCGUCCACAAAUGAAUGGCUGCAGUCUGUCCAAGCGAUGAUGAUCCUCUCCAUCAUCUUCAGCGUCUUGUCCCUGUUUCUGUUCUUCUGCCAGCUGUUCACGCUCACCAAGGGCGGGCGGUUUUACAUUACUGGAAUCUUCCAAAUCCUUGCAGGGCUCUGCGUGAUGAGCGGCGCGGCCAUCUUCACAGUGAGGCACACGGACUGGCACCAAGCCUCGGAAAACACCUCCUACGGCUUCGCCUAUAUCCUGGCCUGGAUGGCCUUCCCCCUGGCCCUCGCCAGCGGCAUCGUCUACGUCAUCUUACGGAAGCGGGAGUGAUGCUGCGGGAGGUGAUGUGGCGUGACAAGGGCACUCAUGACGUCCACGGAGGAGACGGAGGCGGGGGAAAAUAGACGAGAAAACGGAAAAGAAAAUUAACCAAAAGAAAAAGAGAAAAAAGUGAAAAAAAAAAUGGAAUAAACCCUCCCACCAAA